UGACAAGUCAAACACUGAACCAAGGAAGUUUCAUAUCAUUUGCGAGCAGAACUUUGACACAUUCAUGAACAAACGACUCAGUUUAUUUACUUUCUAGUGUUAUAAUUAUCUUCCAACCAAUAUCGUCUCUCGCUGGUUUAUUGCUUAGAUGCUAUUCGUUCGUUGUCGUUGUCUUAUUCCAGGGUUGACAGACCAAAACAAGGAUGUAGCAGAAGACGCUCCAAGUUCUCACUGAUUUUCCCUGAAGUUCAUUAUAAAAGAUGUAUCUGUUCCUGUCCCUGCUCAUCUUUCUGCCACUGCGAGGCAAAACAUCCCCGAUCAGCUGCUAUAAUGAGAAAGGAGAUGCAGUUGAUUGGUUCUAUCUGUACAAGCUGCCCAAGGAACAUCACAGUACGUCUCCCACCAGGGGGGAACAGUACUUGCUGCUGGAUAAAGGCAGCGCAGGAUGGACGGAGGGGAAGGAGACGGUGAACAGCACCGUGGGAGCUCUGGGCCGUACUGUCGGACAACUGUACUCACAAAGAAAGGGUUCAGAGGUCGCGUACGUCCUUUACAAUGACCAGCCCCCGUCUGGAGAGUUUGGUGACAGAUGGGCUGACAGCGGUGAAAGCAGCGGGGGACACACAAAAGGUGUGGUGCUGGUGGAUAAAACCCAGGGCUUCUGGCUGGUGCACAGCACCCCUAACUUCCCCCCCAGGCGACGGGAAGGGCAGUACUAUUACCCCGGCAGCGGCGUGAACAACGGGCAGAACUUCAUCUGCGUCACCUACCCGCUGGAGCGCUUUCAGACCAUCGGAGAGCAGCUGCAGAUCAAUCAGCCUAAGGUGUACGACUGCGACGUCCCGGCGUCCCUGGCGUCCCUGCUGUCCGCCCUGGCCGCCGUCUGUGGGAAGAAUCAGCCGUCCAGCCGGCUCGUCCCGUCAGACACAGCCGUGGCCAAUCGCAGCGUGACGCUGACCUCCAAGGGCGGCACCGACUUCAUCAGCUUCGCCAAAGGAGCCUCGUUUGACAACGAUCUGUACCACUCCUGGGUGGCCCCGGCCCUCCGGUCAGACCUGCUGGUCCAGUUCUGGAUCCGCUCCACGGGCAUCCUGCCCUCCGACUGCUCGCGGGGCUGGAAGGUUCUGGACAUCACGCUCAUCAACCCGGGCCAGAGCUUCACCUUCAAGGCCAGCCAGGACCACUCCAAGUGGGCGGUGAGCCCGGCGGCGGCCGGCGGGGGGGCGGGCGGCGGCUGGGUCUGCGUGGGCGACAUCAACCGCAACCAGGCGGAGGAGAAGCGCGGCGGAGGCACGGUGUGUCUGCAGGAUCCCGUGGUGUGGAAGGCUUACCGGACGGCGGCGCUGCAGUGCCAGGCCUGCGGAGGAGGAACCAUCACCUGCUGACGACGAAGAGGUGGGCCGGGCCGAAGGAGGGCCGAAUAAUACCUGGAGACGGGUUUAUGUCAAAUACUGGGUCAAAGAACAACAAAAUAAUACCUGGAGACGGGUUUAUGUAAAAUACUGGGUCAAAGAACAACAAAAUAAGACUUGGAAGACGGGUUUAGGUCAAAUACUGGGUCAAAGAAGGGAAAAAUAAUACCUGGAGAGGGAUUUAUGUCAGAUACUGGGCCGAAGAACAACAAAUGAAUACCUGGAAGACGGGUUUAUGUCAAAUACUGGGCCGAAAAAUGGCAAAUUAAGACUUGGAAGACGGGUUUAUGUUAAAUACUGGGCCGAAGAACAACAAAAUAAUACCUGGAAGACGGGUUUAUGUUAAAUACUGAGCCGAAGAACAACAAAAUAAUACCUGGAAGACGGGUUUAUGUUAAAUACUGAGCCGAAGAACAACAAAA